UAGUGUGAGUGAUUGAACCAUGGUGCCAAGUGUCGUGUUUCUCGCAGCAAUAUUUCCAUUACUUCACUGCCUCGAGAGCAACAUCCGCAGUGAUGAGUUUAUCCAAAUGAUAAAUGAGAUCCAAGAUGCUUGGACAGCCGGACCGAACUUCCAUGAACAUUCCUACGUCAAGAAUCUACUGAGCGCUCUCCCUAAUCGAGAGGAAAAACUCCCACUUCAGAUUGUCGAUGUGAAGAAACGUCUACCGGAUGACUUUGACGGCAGGCAGUCUUGGAAACGGUGCAGAUCUGUGGGAAGAGUCAAGGAACAAGGCAAUUGCGCUUCAGCUUGGGCUUUAGUAGCUACGGGUGUCUUCAGUGAUCGUAUGUGUAUAUCGAAAGUGAGCAAUGUAGAAGUUUCCGCGCAAAACGUGUUGUCUUGCUGUAGACUUUGCGGGGUGAACUGUUUCGGCGGGUACGUCUCCGAAGCUCUCGCAUUUCUGGCGCGAAGUGGAGCGCCCUCCAAGAAAUGCCAUCCUUACGAACUCUACGGCUGCCCGAAGAUCCAAGGACUCAUGAGUUGCCCCGAGGUCAGAGCUUACAACCCGAGGUGCCGAGGUUACUGUAGACCUCCCUACCCUAAGAGACCCUUCCAAGACCUCCAUCAAGCCACUGGGGCGUACUCCAUCGCCAACAACAGUGAUGUGAUCAUGAGCGAGAUCAUUUCCAAAGGCCCUGUGGCGGCGGUGAUGGACGUCUAUGAAGACUUGAUGGUUUACAAGUCCGGAGUGUAUUCUUACACUGCUGGAAGACAAUUGGGGCAACACCCUGUGAAGGUGGUAGGUUGGGGUGAAGACCAGGGACGACCUUACUGGCUCGUGGUGAACACCUGGGGAAGCCUGUGGGGCGACAAGGGUGUGCUGAAGAUCGCUAGGAAAACCAAUGGGUGUAACUUGGAGAAAAGAGUGUUUGGUUUGUCUCCUUGAAAUAGUGUUGUGAUUGUAUAAUACUG